UAUCAAUAACAACAACCAACCUACAAAACCACCACACGCACAGCAAAAACACUUUGAAAUAUCUUGAUUAAAAUCUACUUCUCAUCAAAAUGUCUGACAACACCAACAACAAGCCCUCCACCCUCAGCUCCUACCUCGAGUCCGCCACCGGCGCAGUCCAGAACGCCGUCGGCAGCCUGACGGGCAAUAAGAGCCACCAGGCCGAGGGCCAGGUGCGCCAGGAAAAGGCUGAGGCAGAGUACGAGGCCUCUCAGGCAGCAGCCAAGCUCCCCGGAGGCACCAUCUCCAGCACGGGCACCUUCACCAGGGACGACCCCAACAGGACCCAGGGCUCGUGGAACCAGACCGUGGGUGCUGCUAAGGAGACGCUUGGUGGUCUCACCGGCAACGAGUCUCUGAAGCAGUCUGGACGUGAGCAGAACCUCGAGGGCCAGCAGCAAGAAGCAAAGGGCCAAGUUCGCGACUUCAGUCACGGAUUGAGCGACCGAGCCCAGGGCGCGGUUGGCAGUGCCGUCGCGGGCCUGGCGCGAGACAAGGAAGGCCAGGCACGCUACGAGGAGUUGCACGACAAGGGCAAGACACAGCAGCGUGGUGCUGAGGUGGAUAUUCAGAAGCAGGCCGAGGCCAACUACUAGAAUGGACAUUGGAGGAUGGAUUGGUGGAGAGAUUCCCGAUGGCGUGGAAAGAUACCCCCUAGUGAUGAUGAAGAUCGUUGCUGUGAUUAUUCCCUAGUUUGAUCAAUACCAGAAUGAAAGAUUUG